GUUUAAAAUACAUUAAAUACGCAGAUUUAACUUCGCCGGAAGUGUAACCCGUAACCCGGAUGUAUUCGAUCAAGAGACUCGACUACAACAGUAGGCAAAACAUCAAUGGGAGUCACUUGUGUGUGCCAGGUGCCUGUGGCGGAGGGGAAGAGUGUGCAGCAGACAGUGGACAUCCUGCACAAGAAGCUGGAGCAGCUGGGCGCUGUGAAGCAGGGCAGCUUCUGUGUCGACUGUGAGACGUACCAUGCCACAGGAAAUGUCAGCGGUCAGCCCACAAAGCUUUUAUAUGUGAUGCACAACUCCGAAACUCCCCUGAGCUGCUUGGCCCUGUUUGAAGGCGGACCAUGCCUCGUAGCCGACGCAAACUUUGAUGUCCUCAUGGUGAAACUAAAAAGCCACUUUCAGAAUGCCAAGGCACACAAGGUGGAGUGUCGUGGCUCAAGAUACCGCUACUGUGACUUCUUGAUAAAAGUUGGUACCGUGACAAUGAGCUCCAGUGCCAGAGGAAUAUCUGUAGAGGUGGAGUACUGUCCCUGUGUGGUCCCAGGGGACUGCUGGAAUCUCACGAAGGAGUUUAUGCAGUCCUUUCUCGGUCCCAGCGUCCCUGAAUUGCCCUCUGUGUUUGCUGCCAAGCCUGAAGGACUCUUUGCUCCGGCAGACAGUGUUGACACCAUGACCCAAUACCUGGAGUUGUUUAACAAACUCCGUAAACAGCAAGUCCCAGGAAGUAAUGUGCGUUGAACUGUCAGUGGAAGUGGAGAGAUCUAUUUUUUUAUGCUUGUAUUGAUGUUGCUUUGAUUCUGGUCCUAUGGAUAAGCAUGGUAUCGUGGUAUUUUUUUGAAAGCCUAGAGUUUUCAAUUUCCAUUUUUGGAGCCUCAAUUGUAUUACACCCCUAUUUGAUGAAGAGCUGUUGUAAUAAAAAGAACCAGUGGAGACCAGCA